UGGCUGCCUGUGGGCACUGCUAUGUAAGCAGGGGUUCUGCUCAGGGCUACCAACGUCACUGCCCAGUACCCAUACCUGUCAGUCUUGAACUUCGCUCUAAUACCACAUCAUUCCUAAGGCCUGCUCAAGCACAGCACUUCUACAGAGGAGUAGCACCAACAGAACCCUUGCAUGGGAGAUAUGCACACUGGGAAGGUACAGAGCAAACCAUCUGUGAGAAAGCCUGCCAUUCCUGCCAGGAAGUGGGAGGGAUCAGCAGACAUCCUACCGCCUGGACACAACAGCCUAGCCAGCCUCUGAUCAGCUCAUCAGUGAGACCCCUGAAUGCUCUAGUUAGCCAGCAAUGCCUCCCUGAGCCUUGGAGACCUGAGGGUGGCUGUCUCCAUGCUGUGCUGGCUGUUCCUCACCUCAAGCCCGCCGGCUAUAGCCACACUUGCUCUGAGCUCUCUGCUGCUGGUAACCUUCCUGCAGAGCCAGAGACUUUGGCAAGAGCCCCACUACCUGCUGCUGGCUAACAUCCUGCUCUCAGAUCUGGCCUACCUUGUCUUCCACAUGAUCAUCUCCUCCAGCAACCUGGGUAGCUGGCUCCUGGGCUGCACUGCUUGUGGUGUUCUCACAGAUGCCAUCUUUGCUGCCUCUAUCAGCACCAUCCUGUCCAUGGCCACUGUGCUGCACACCUACCUGGCAGCUGUUUAUCCUCUGCACUAUUUCUCCUUCAUGUCUUAUGAGGCUGCCCAGAAAGUGGUGGCCCUCAUCUAGUUGGUAGCCUGCUUCUUCUCCACAUGUCUCAUUUGGCUUAGCAAGAGCCAGAAUGCCAGGUUAGAACAAGGCCUCAUGCAUCCUUCAUGGACACAUGACCCCCGGGUCACUGUCACUGACACCUGAAUUUUAUGCAUUCUCUUUAUUUGCACAGCUCUCAUCAUUAACUUCUGGAGGAUCUAUGCAGAGACCAGGACUUCAGGCAUCUGGGUUCAGGGUUAUUCCCGGGCUAAGGGUACCAUGCUUAUCCACACAGUGCUAAUCAUGCUAUAUGUUAGCCCAGUUGUGGUGUUUUCCAUGGACAUCUUGCUAACCAAGUAACACCACACUGAUGUCAGAACUCAUAUGUGGAUCAUGGCAGCCAACAACAAGGUGCUCAUGAUGUUUCCUCAUGCCAUGCUCUCAUAUCUGUAUACACUCCAUUUCUGGCAGCAGCUGGGGACAGUCCAGGGCCACUUCUCAUCCAGGAGGACAUCUGCAGUAUUCCUUAGAGCCACAGACAUCACAGUCUAGCAGACUUAGGUUAAAAAUUAUAUGUUGGGUGCCUUAGCAUCCAAUUAUUGACAACUCAAAGAACUAUGAAAUAUACUUGUGCAACAGGACCUUUUUUUCACAUUUUAUUUUAUUUUUUUUCAGU